AAUCCCAAGCUCCCCGGAACGAGAAGUGGGCGGUGUUGCGGCCCUUCCCGGCAGAGAAUCUGUGGUGCUCUCGCGAGAACUCUUCCUCUUCCUUAGGCCGGCGCUGAGAGAGAAAGGCCAUGUUCAGUUCCAGCGCAAAGAUUGUGAAGCCCAAUGGCGAAAAGCCAGAUGAAUUUGAGUCUGGCAUCUCCCAGGCUCUCCUGGAGUUGGAGAUGAAUUCUGACUUAAAGGCUCAGCUGAGAGAAUUGAACAUCACAGCAGCAAAGGAAAUUGAAGUGGGUGGCGGUAGGAAAGCAAUCAUCAUAUUCGUGCCAGUCCCUCAGCUGAAAUCUUUUCAGAAGAUUCAAGUGCGGCUAGUUCGUGAGUUGGAGAAAAAAUUCAGUGGAAAGCAUGUGGUGUUCAUUGCUCAGAGAAGAAUUUUGCCGAAGCCAACAAGAAAAAGCCGCACAAAAAACAAGCAAAAGCGUCCCAGGAGCCGCACACUCACUGCGGUGCACGAUGCCAUUCUUGAAGAUCUGGUUUUUCCGAGUGAAAUUGUGGGCAAGAGAAUCCGCGUAAAACUGGAUGGCAGCCGGCUCAUAAAGGUUCACUUAGACAAAGCGCAACAGAACAAUGUUGAACACAAGGUAGAAACAUUUUCUGGUGUCUACAAGAAACUCACAGGCAAAGAUGUCGUCUUCGAGUUUCCAGAAUUUCAGCUGUAAAGUACAACAAAUGAUUGAAUAAAACAGUUCAGUUGUUCAUA